AAUAAAAACUAUUGAUAUUAUUAUCAUCUUCCUCCCGCGUUUUCCACUGCAAAACGGAGCAGAAUCAGCAGACACGCGCGAGAGAGCUUGUAAAUGGACCGAGCAGCCAUGCUCUCUAAAGCCGUUUACCUGAAUUCCAAAAGCCCCGAAUUAGCAUGGCUUCUCUUCAAGCGAGUUCUUUCUUCCCCCAUCUCUGCCUCCUCUUCCUUCUUCAAAACCUCCCUUCAAUCUAUACCUCUUAUUGCCCGCAUCCUCACCACUGCAAAAAUGCACCCACAGAUCGAUCACCUUCACCAACUCCUCUUGUCGCAGCACCGGGAUUUUGCUCAUCCAUCUGGAUUUGCACUCGUUCGAGCCUUGGCUGAUUUGGGUCUCUUCGAAAAUGCCAUUUCUCAGUUUCGAUCGCUUCGAGCCAGGUUUCCUAAUGACCCUCCAGAUAUUUCUUUCUAUAAUUUUCUGUUUCGAUGCUCUUUGAAGGAGAGCCGGGUUGAUUUUGUGAUUUGGCUUUAUAAGGAUAUGGUUUUUGCGAGAGUUAACCCACAGACUUAUACUUUUAAUCUGUUGAUACGUGCGCUUUGUGAAAUGGGGUACUUGGAGAAUGCACGUCAAGUGUUUGAUAAAAUGUCUGAAAAAGGGUGUAACCCUAAUGAGUUUAGUCUUGGACUUAUAGUUCGUGGGUAUUGUAGAGCUGGGCUCCAUGAUCGAGGUAUUGAACUUUUGGACGAGAUGAGGAGCUCUGGUGCUCUUCCCAAUAGGGUUGCAUACAAUACUGUGAUAUCUUCUCUUUGUGGAGAAGGUCAGACUGGGGAGGCUGAGAAAUUGGUGGAAAGGAUGAGAGAGGUUGGUCUUUCUCCAGAUAUUGUAACUUUCAAUUGCAGAAUUGCUGCCCUCUGUAAAUCCGGGCAAAUUUUAGAAGCUUCCAGAAUUUUUAGAGAUAUGCAAAUAGAUGAAGAGUUAGGGUUACCUCAGCCUAAUACCGUAACAUAUAAUUUAAUGCUAGAAGGAUUUUGUAAUGAAGGAAUGUUCGAGGAAUCCAAGGCUCUCUUUGAUUCUAUGAAAAAAUCUGAAACUCAUUUGACCAUGGAGAGCUAUAACAUAUGGUUGUUAGGUUUGGUUAGAAGUGGAAAGCUCCUUGAAGCUCGUUUAAUUCUUAAUGAAAUGGCAGAAAAGAGUAUAAAACCCAAUCUUUACUCCUAUAACAUUUUGAUUUAUGGCCUUUGUAAAUAUGGAAUGUUUUCUGAUGCAAGAUCUAUAAUAGGUCUAAUGAGAGAGAGUGGUGUAGCUCCAGAUAUUGUAUCUUAUAGUACCUUACUUCAUGGAUACUGCUGUAGAGGAAAGAUACUUGAAUCCAAUUAUGUUCUUCGCGAAAUGAUACAGGUUGGUUGUUUUCCCAAUAUGUAUACUUGUAAUAUCCUGCUUCACAGCCUGUGGAAAGAGGGGAAAGUAUCAGAGGCAGAAGAGUUGCUACAAAAGAUGAAUGAAAGAGGUUAUGGCUUGAAUAAUGUAACUUGUAAUACAGUGAUUAAGGGCCUCUGUAAAUCUGGGAAUCUGGACAAAGCUAUUGAAAUAGUGAGUGGCAUGUGGAACCAUGGAAGCGCUUCUCUUGGUAAUCUUGGAAACUCUUUUAUUGGUCUUUUUGAUAUUGGCAAUAAUGGGAUGAAGUGUUUACCUGACUCGAUCACAUAUGCAACCAUAAUAAGUUGGUUAUGUAAGGCGGGGCGGGUUGAUGAAGCAAAAAAGAAGCUUCUGGAGAUGAUUGGGAAAAAGCUAUCUCCGGAUUCGCUAAUAUUUGAUACUUUCAUACAUAGUUACUGUAAACAAGGAAAGUUGUCAUCUGCUUUUAGAGUACUCAAGGAAAUGGAGAAAAAAGGGUGCAACAAGAGCCUUCGAACGUAUAAUUCAUUGAUCCAGGGUUUAAGUUCCAAAAAUCAAAUAUUUGAAAUAUAUGGGUUGAUGGAGGAGAUGAAAGAAAAAGGGAUUUUUCCUAAUGUUUACACUUACAAUAACAUUAUUAGCUGCCUUUCUGAAGGUGGGAAACUGAAAGAUGCCACCAGUCUUUUGGAUGAAAUGCUGCAGAAGGGGAUAUCUCCUAAUAUAUAUACGUUUAGGAUUUUAAUUGGAGCUUUCUUUAAGGCUUGCGACUUUGGAGCCGCUCAAGAGUUAUUUGAGAUAGCUUUAAGCAUAUGUGGCCACAAGGAAUCCUUGUAUAGUUUUAUGUUCAAUGAGCUAUUAACUGGAGGUGAAACAUCCAAGGCUAAAGAGCUUUUUGAAGCUGCAUUAGAUAGAUCUCUAGCCUUGAAAAAUUUUCUUUACAGGGACCUAAUUGAAAGGCUUUGCAUGGACGGAAAGUUAGAUGAUGCUAGUUUCAUUCUUCAUAAGAUGAUGGAUAAGCAGUAUAGGUUUGACCCUGCAUCAUUCAUGCCAGUGAUUGAUGGAUUAGGUAAAAGUGGGAACAAGCAUGCAGCCGAUGAAUUUGCAGAAAAAAUGAUGGAAAUGGCUUCAGAAACUGACAUCAACCAACAUGAGAAUAAGAUUAUCCGAGGAAGAUCAAAUAAUGAUGAUGAAAGAGAUUGGCACAAGAUCGUUCACAGAAACGAUGGCAGUGGGAUUGCACAGAAGACUCUUAAGCGUGUGUUGAAAGGAUGGGGUCAAGGAAGUAUAUCAACUUCGCAGCCACAGAAAUUUAGCACACAUGAUUGCUGGGAUGGUGUUGCUUAAAGCUUUUAAAGUUCUUGAGGAACAGGCAAAUAUGGGAACAUGCUCGAACCUGCUGAGGCAUCAAAUCUUCAAGUCAGGGUGCUUAAGGACAUCAGUACAUCAGAUCUUACAGCCUAGUACAAUGGAAUAUGGAAGGGAGCGUCGAACUAAGAAACGGAUGGACUGCUACUGCCAAAGAAAGAAAUCCAUUAGAGGCAGAUUCGACAGUUUCACAUGUGAGUAGAACUGAUUCCCCAUGGUUGUCGACAUACCUGAUAUCGACUCAUGUAAUAUUGUUCUAGCAAACCUCGAAGACCCCAAUUUUGGUGCAUCAACCUGAUUUUUUCUUCACCAAAAGUGGCUUUCACUUUCAGCGCACCCCCAUCUCGUGUUCGGGCGCCAUGUAAGGGAGGUAACUAUCAGGAUGUUCGCUAAAUGAUAGGGGCUGUGAGAUCUUAGAGUCUUUGGGUCCCCCCUGACAUGGUGCGUACAAUUGUGCUUUAAUGCACGUUUUAUUUAGCAUUCCAACAGGCUCUUCUGACUGCCUGGACCAGAAGUCUGACUACAUGAAGAGGUUCGGGAUGUUAGACAAACACGACUCUCCAGAAUGGAAAACUGGGAGAGUUCAACUGUGAGAAGCUUUUAUAGAAAGACCCAUUCUGUGUUGCACCAUCAGCACGUUCAACCGUGUCGAUCACGAGCUGGAGUUUCCUUAGAGAAUGGCCUACGUUCUUGAUCUUUUGGGAAGGCCACCUUGUUAUCCAUGUUGCCUCCAUAUCAUUUUCAGAGUAGUUGGACAAACUACACAAACAGGAAGUUCGAGCAGACAAUGGCCAGACUAUUCUCUUCCAAAUCAAGACAUCAGUGGUACUGCAAUGGAUGUCUAGCAUGGGACAAAGGCAUCUCAAUGGUGAAGCCAUGGUGAGACUUUAUUUGCACUCCAAACAUCAACAUUAAGGGGGAGAAGCUGAUGUUGGAGUCGUUUUGUUGCAGCAAUUUCUGCCUCAAACCGUUCGUUCUUCUAUUCAUCGGACUUGCGAUCGUACGAUACUCACUUUUCAGCAACAAGUGAGUUAGCCAAUUCGUUUGCGCGCUGUACGCCUACGGCCAGACAGCGUAUGCUCGGGCCUUUGACCCCGAUUUAACAGGGCAGAAAAUUUUUCAAAGAGUUUGAAAGCAAGAUUUAAAGAGCGAUUGAAAAUGGUGGUAUAUAGCGUGCAAGCAAAGGCAACAACAACGGCUUAGCAGUAUAUAACUAUUCGGUAGGUUUGAUGCAUAUGAAGACUCAGUGCUGGCUAAGCUUGAUAUCUCAAACAACAUUUGUCAAAGCAUCAAGGAUUGCAGCACAGAAGCAAUUAGGAUCAGUCAGACAUGGAGGUUGAUGUUUUUCUUUGAUAAUUUCAACUGUUUCUCCAUGGAAUCUGUGACCCCAUGUUUCCAGUUGCUCAGGAGUAGGACAACCAAAUCACCUAUCAACAAGGAUAAAUGGAGGAGUGGACUUGGAGAUCCAAACAUCUAAACUGAGUAGCUAGAAUGUUGGACUGCAUUGAAACUGACUUCAGAUCUUGAUCUUUUAUGGAACAUUGUCUAAUCACUUCAUCUUAUUUCAUAUGGAAGGGAGACACAGAGGGACGGUUCAUGAGCGAAGCAGCUCGACUGUAAAGGAGAGGAGGCACAACGACGCAAUUAUCAGGGGCGUGCUUUACCACUGAGCUAAUAGCCCGUUGUGCAGACCUCCCGAGGAGAAAGGAGGCUCCGCGCGAAGAGGAUACCUCGUCCUCCAUUUCAACCACCACGUUUUCAUUAUGGUCUUACAAAACGACAAUUACUUAAAUACGUUCGUAUCGCCGGAACAAAAACACAGGUCUCUGCAAAGUCGUAAGACCACGUAUAUCGAAUAGUCUCAUGAAGCUAAAAAGAUGUCUCUAAAUGACAAGCUUAGAUUAGUUUCCCCUUUCAGGGAAGCAGAGUAAAUGCCUUAGUUGACAUGUUCGAAACAAUUUUCCUAGCACCAGACACUUUGAUCAUAUCAACUAUCAAAUAGAACGGGCACACGGAUAUCAGCAUCACA